AUGUGGACGUGCCUGCGGCAUGUGGACGCGCCUGUGGAGACGCGGACCGGGCGGCGGCAAAACCAAAAGCAGUGCUGGCCCAGGACCUCCGACAAGAAUUUCAAGACCGUGUCCGUGAACGCGUGGGUGGAGGAGAGCGAGGGCGAGCCCGGCCUCGUGCUCGGCCUCAGGGGGGAGCCGUACUGGCUGCUGCCGGGCAAGAGCGGCGGCAUCAGGAACUUCGCCCUCCGCGCCGAGUGCACGCACCUGGGCUGCAUCGCGCCAUGGAACGAGGUCCAGCAGAAGUUCGUGUGCCCGUGCCACGGCUCCCAGUACGACCCAGACGGCACGGUGCUCCGAGGCCCCGCGCCGCACUCGCUGGCGCUGGCCCACGUCGAGGUGGUGGACAAGGGCAACGUGCGGCUGAGCGCCUGGACCGAGGAGGACUUCCGGGACGGCGCGGCCCCGUGGUGGUCGUAGGCCCCGCGGGCGCCCCGCCGCAGCUCGCGUCGGCGCGUCGGCCGCGCACCGCGGGCCUGUGGUAGCGGACCCAUCGGCUCCACGGGUGCCACCCGUAGCGGGUUCGGCUCGUCUGCGACAACCUGCAGGGGGAGACGGAGCCUGCAGCUCCGACACCCUGGUGGCCCCCGGUAAAACGGCCAAGUUGCCGCCAGGGUGCUACAAGGGGGUCUCGCCCUCAUCAUGUUCUUCCGAUUCCUGUUUUCCUCCUCCUCCUCCUCCUCCUCCUCCUCCUCCUCCCUCCUCGAAGGAGGUGGAGGGGUCCUCUGCCUUCGCGCUUCCGGUUUUGCGCUGGCCUUUAGGUCGCCGAACAACAGCCUCCUCUUUCCUCAUCACCGAGGAUGAGGCAAGAACAGCAGCAUCAUCGGCUACUUCGCUGGGGUUUGCUCGUGCGGGACGUGAGUUGAGUGCAGUGACUUGCGCGGCAGGCUGAGGAAGUAGCUGGGACUCGCACUGUCAGUUUUCACGCGGACAGGGUUCGGGUAGGCACCUACCCGAAGAAGGGCCCUCGAAGCUAAACUUCGUCCCCCAGGAGAGGCCUGGGGGUACGGUCGGCAUUGUUCGCCGCGGCAUAAUCCCUCCUUCCCCUAACUCUCGCCUCCCCCUUUUGGGAUUUGGUCGUUAACGUCGUUCCCUCCGCCUCUCUUUUGAACAUUCACCCGCGUGACGUUGCGGGCGUUUGGCUGGAGCUGUACGAGUAAGGAAUUGGACGCUUGUCGCGUCUGGGCGA